AUGAAGCGGUACAACCCGUCCGCGUUAUAUCUGGUUGCAAUUACAGUGUGCGAUAUAUCAUACCAAAUAUUCCACGUGUUCUUUUACCUGAAAUACUUUUGGGGACUUUCCUCACUCGGCUAUCCCGGCCUCUGCCAAAUCUGGAAUAUUCUUAACAUGAUUCCUCAAUACGGAAGUCAGCUGCUGGUUCUCGGAUUUUCAACAGAACGAUUUAUCUCUAUCAUCCGACCAUUUCAAAGCGACAGAUUUAGUCGGAUAAAAAGAGCUCCGUAUGAAGUAGGAACAAUCAUGGUAUUUGUGUUUUUGUUGUCUAUUCCACAAGGCUACUUUUGGCACGUAAAUGGAAACGGAUCUUGUACUAUUAGGACACAAACUGCAGUUCUUGUAUUCUACGAACAUUGGGCAAUUGUGACUGAAAGUAUUCUGUUUUUUAUAGUACCACUAACAAAUCUUAUCCUGAAUUAUAUAGUUUUACGAAAAGCGUCCCAAGCACUGGGGCAUAACGAGUAUCUCCGAACAAAUUCCAUUAAUCAUUGUAAUGCCAACCAAAACUUCAAACAAAAUAAACCGAUGACGAAAACAUUACUUGCGAUAGCUUUUUUUCGAAUUCUCACUCAGCUGCCCAUGUCAGUGACGUAUACUCUCCAGAACUUUCCAUCACUGAACUUUGGACCAUUUCCUAUGCCGUUGGCCCAAAUGGCGUACGAUCCACAGUGGAAACGCUUCUUGAACUAUUAUUCGGUUCGGAUAUUGAUAGAAACGUUUGCUGUAUCUCAUCAUGCCCUAAGCAUUUUCAUUUUUUACGCUUCGACAAAACAAUUUAGGGAUGAACUCCAUCGUAAGCUAAAGUGGUUCUCGACAGUGUCCUUUAGACGAAGGAAAGAGAAGGGGCCGCCUGCUUCUACAAGAUUAAAACUUUCUUCUACAUUAAAACGAACAGGGUUAUCAAAUGUGUGA